AUGCAGCUUCAAUCUACCUUCGGAACGCUCCUGUUGGCUCUGAGCCUCGGCUUCGCCGUUGCAAACCCUUGCAAUGAAAAGUACAUCAAAGAGGAUGACUGCAACAAAGACUGCGCGGACUAUUACGGGUCCUGUACCUCGUACAAUGGGGGCGUGCUCAGUCCUCACAAGUGGGAAUGCAUCUGCGACCAGUACCUGAAGGAUGGAGACAGUGUUGCCAAGUAA